AUGCAACUUCAUGACUAUUUCAAAUUGCGCGCCCUCUUCACCCUGUACGAUAUUUUACGUUGCGAUGCCCUGACCAAUCUUGGCUAUGAGGUCCUUGCACAGUUCCGGUUGCAAAGGACAUCCGGAGCAACGCUGACCACCAGGUCCACAUGGCGCACAUGGUCGCCAAGUGGGCCAUGGAGUCGUUCUUGUUGGGCUACAGGUCGUUCUAGGAGUGGUUCGUGGUGUGGUUCGACGAGUGGUUCUGCGUGUUGUCCUCCAAGUGGUUCGACGUGUAGUUCGUCGAGUGGUUCGACGCGUGGUUCGAGGUGUUGUCCUGCGAGUUGUCCUUCGAGUGGUUCGACGUGUAGUUCUUCGAGUGGUUCGACGAGUGGUUCUACGUGUUGUCCUCCAAGUGGUUCGACGUGUAGUUCUUCGAGUGGUUCGACGUGUGGUUCUACGAGUAGUCCUUCUAGUGGUUCUUCGAGUAGUCUCACGUGUAGUACUUCUAGUGGUUCUGUGAGUUGUUUCACAAGGUUGCGUUGUCCUUUGAGUGGUUCUUCCAGUGGUUCUACGAGUAGUUCUUCUAGUGGUUCUUCGAGUAGUUCUUCGAGUGGUUCUACGAGUAGUGCUUCUAGUGGUUCUUCGAGUAGUCUCACGUGUAGUACUUCUAGUGGUUCUGUGAGUUGUUUCACAAGGUUGCGUUGUCCUUUGAGUGGUUCUUCCAGUGGUUCUACGAGUAGUUCUUCUAGUGGUUCUUCGAGUAGUUCUUCGAGUGGUUCUACGAGUAGUGCUUCUAGUGGUUCUUCGAGUAGUCUCACGUGUAGUACUUCGAGUGGUUCUGUGAGUUGUUUCACAAGGUUGCGUUGUCCUUUGAGUGGUUCUUCCAGUGGUUCUACGGGUAGUGCUUCUAGUGGUUCUGUGAGUUGUUUCACAAGGUUGCGUUGUCCUUUGAGUGGUUCUUCCAGUGGUUCUACGAGUAGUACUUCUAGUGGUUCUGUGAGUUGUUUCACAAGGUUGCGUUGUCCUUCGAGUGGUUCUUCCAGUGGUUCUACGAGUAGUACUUCUAGUGGUUCUGUGAGUUGUUUCACAAGGUUGCGUUGUCCUUCGAGUGGUUCUUCCAGUGGUUCUACGAGUAGUUCUUCUAGUGGUUCUUCGAGUAGUUCUUCGAGUGGUUCUACGAGUAGUCCUUCUAGUGGUUCUUCGAGUAGUUCUUCGAGUGGUUCUUCCAGUGGUUCUACGAGUAGUCCUUCUAGUAGUUCUUCCCGUUGUUCUUCGAGUAGUUCUUCGUGUGGUUCUGCCAGUGGUUCUUCGAGUAGUUCUUCGAGUGGUUCGCCUAGUGGUUCGUCGAGUGGUUCUUCGAGAAGUUCUGUGUGUAGUCCUUCUAGUGGUUCUGUGAGUCGUCCUUCUCGUAGUUCUUCGAGUAGUUUGUCGAGUGGUGCUACACUUCGUCGUAGUUUCCCAAGGUGGCCUUCUAGUGGUAUCGCACGGAGGUUUAUGCGUUGUUUCACAAGGUGGCCUUCGAGUAGUUUCCCAAGGUGGCCUUCGAGUGGUGUCGCACGGAGGUUUACGUGUUGUUUCACAAGGUGGCCUUCGAGUGGUUUCACAGGGGUUCUUUAUGGUGUGGUUUUCUCGUUUUACACGGUUCCCUGUGAGGUGGUUUCUUCGUUUCGCAGGGACACGAUCCUUGAUUGCCCCUAG